AAUUAAAGAUUAAAAGGGAGUUAUCUGAAGUCUCAACAUGGCCGUUGCUGUUACACUUCUUCUAGUACUCUUGCUGUUCACUGUCUACCUCUGGCCCUUCGUAACACAAGCAAACCAGUUAACUGUCGAUUGCUCUUUUGGAAAGGCAGAGGACUUAGCAAGCAAUCUUACAAUGUCUGCCAUGGUUACAGGCAGACUUGCAGCUUCCAAAUAUCAGAGCCACUUAUGUGUCGUGAAGACAAGUGGAUCAAGCCAUCAAAAACGCUUCUUGCAGGUGAAAGCCAAAAUUUUGAACAGCGAAUCGAAUGGAUUUUUGCAUGCAUCAGUAUAUGGAACAGAUAAACCCCAAUUACUGGGCAACUUGGAUGUAUGGAAAUCGAAAGGGGAUUGGAGUUCUCUCAUCAUAUGUCCGUCACGUGACCACAAUAACAAAGAUCAAGAAAAACAUCUGGUACUCUCAGGAACACCAAACCUUGCCUUUAGAGUGCAGGUAGAAAGUUCUGUUGUGAAAAUAGUGCUCAAUAAACCACUGACUUUCGAUUUAGGUCUAUAUGAAUCAUUCAAAGUGUUUCAGUUCAUCCCAACGGAAGACAUCUCAGAUAUGCAGCUUGACGUCACUGUCACUUCUGAAUCUGACGACGUACCAGCUUACCUAAAAGUAUCACGUGACUGCAAGGAUGUCAAUGAGAACAUUGACGUUGUUGACUAUAAGGGAGAGUCGAUUCGCCUGUCUUUUGCUAAAAAGGGACGGAUUACUUUGUCAAGAGUUUCUAUUCCACCAUUGACUGAUUCCACCUCAAGCUGGUUUAUUGGAAUUGCAAUUAAGAAUGCGACAGGUGAGACACCAGAUAAGGCGACUAAGACUGUGACAUUAACUUUGAAAAGAUCAUUUAAUUAUUCCUACUUUUGGCCUAUAUUUUUCUUGGUCGUGUUGUCAGUAGUCUGUGGUGCCUUGGUGGCGUGCUGCGGCAUUUGCAGCUUUUCGAUCUCGCAAGAAGGGGGAAUGGAAGAAUGCUGUAAAGUUGUUUGGAGCUGGUUCAAACGUGGUCCCAAAACAUACUCAUACAUAACUGGUGUUGCUGGCUUUGUGUUGAUGAUUGGUGCAGGCCAGUUUGUUUUCGCCAACUGGCAUCUUAUGAUACAAGAAGGAGACAGAGACACUUGUUAUUACAAUGACUUUUGUUACAGAGUCAGCAAGUAUGAUGAUAUUCCAUUCAAUUUAAUGAUUAGUAACUUAGCAUAUAUGAUUCAUGGCCUAAUUCUGGCUAUCUCUGUGAUGUAUAUGGAGGCAAAACUAUUUUCUCGUUAUAGAAAUAGUAAUGAUCUCCCCCCAAAGCAUGCGUUUUCCAUGGGUUAUGCUUUUGCCUGGGCUUUAUUUUUUGAAGGUUGUUUUUCCCUUGUUUAUCAUCUCUGUCCAACUAAGCUGACGUUUCAGUUUGAUACAGGGUUUAUGUUCGUCAUUGCAGGAUUGAUCGCUGUUUUGUUGUACAAUGGAAUCGAAAUGAAAGAGAAUUCGGGAGAAAGGGGAUUUGUUGACGCAGCCAAUUUCUUCCUUUACUUCCUUGUACCACUGUACAUUUUUAACUAUUUUGGCACACUGAGUCAUUCAGAAACUGAGCUGGUUAACGCUCCGGCUUUUUUUACUUUUGUUGUAAUUUGGUGGAUUUUCAUUACCUUCUGGACGGGUUGGAAACUAUUCCCAGAUUUUAGUUGUUCAAGAAGUUACAUAAAAGAAAAUCUCUGUAAGUGUAUUUGUUUUUUUGUUAGUUUUGUUUUACCAUUCAUUGUAUGUUGGGUUUCUUCAAGCAAUAUUCCUCAAGCUUUCUUGAUUGUCUGUAUUCUAGAAGGCGCUAUUGCUAUUAUCGGCAAUGCUUUGUGCAACUGGAAGAAAAUCAAAUGGGCAAAAUGCGAAGAAAGUGCGUGCAACGUUUGUAUUCAAGUUGCUUAUAUCGUGCUUAUGGUUAUUUUGUGGUGUGUGGCUGGUUGGAUUUUUGCUAAAAAAGCAACAACAGAUAAAACGCUUUCUCCUGAAAAAUCAAGAGAUUAUAACCAAGAGUGCAUAAUUUUGAAUUUUUUUGACGCCCAUGACCUCUGGCACAUUUUAUCAUCCCAUGCUCUUCUUAUGUCAGCGUAUGUUGUCAUGUUUAUGAGUCACAAGGAGGAUUAAACUGUCAUGACUCAAAAUCAGGAAAUAGAAUCCAAACUGAGAACAAAACUUGGAAAACUGCAGAUGAGAAGGGGACCGAACAAAGAAAAUAUAUUCUCUCGACCAACUGUUAUAGUAACAAAAUAUUUGAAAAUUGGAUUUUGACACUGCCGGGUAAAGGUCCCUUUGAAUUUGGAAAAGCUCACUUAGGACAACCAGACUCUAUCUGUCUAUCAUGUGUCCCUGGUUGUUGUCCCUAUAACAACAUAUAGGUUCAAUGUAGGUCUGUGAAUAUAUGGCGCCAUUAAGUUCAGAACUUAGAAGAAGGAGCAUAGUAAUCACAGGACUCUUUUAAACAUACUUUAUAACGUACCAAUAAGUUAUGUUAGGAAGUUUUGGAAACCACUUGGAAAUUUGAAUAUUUUUUCAUUUAGUUGACCUCUCUUUUAGCAAUUUGCUAUUCAGACAAUCACUUCAGGACAAUAAGUAUUUUUGUUUAUCUACAGGGGGAGUUGUAGUAAUAUAUGCUCUGUUAGGUAAAAUGUGUGAGGUGAUUUGUGAGGAGGAAAUACCUCGAAGUAACCGCAUAGUUUCACUUUGUGCUUUGUUCACAAUAUUUCAUCCUGGGGAAUUUUUAUGCUUAUUUAGUUCAUGACAUGAUUAUUCAGUUCGUGUCAUAGGAGUUAGUUUAAUCUACAGCACAGUAACCCUUUAACUCCCGUGGCUGACCAAGACAUAAUUUCUCCUUACAAUAUCAAUACAAUAUCAAGCAGACAAGUGAUGAGAAUAAAGAAAAAUAUUAAUUAGGGGAUUAUUGGUGGAUCCAAUACCAAAUGCUCCGAACUAACAUUGCAAGAAUUAUAUGGCAGACAGUAAGGAGAAUUACUAAUGAGAUCUUGGGAGUUAAAGGUUAAUUAAACAAGCGUAUUGUUAAACGAUAAAAAUAGAAAUAUAUCUAAACUAAAAACAUUGUAAGGGUUUGCUAUAUUGGUGUUGGAAAAUGAAUGGAAAUAAUAUAUUAGCAUAAGCCAUUCAGUAAACAUUGUAAUAAGCCGGUUGGUCAUUUCUUUAUUCCUUUUGGCGGUUUCAUCUUACAGGUAGAUUUUGAUUACCUUUUCCUUAUUAUGAUCGUGAAUUUGACAUGGAGACAGAUGUUUUUGCCUAAACUGCGGUUUGUGGCUAGAUAUCGAUAUAUUUCCAUUGUGUUGUAAAAAGAUGAUUAAUUACUAGGAAAAUGACUCGACACCUCUUUUUCUUAGAGGUGCCUUAAGGUGUAAACACGUAGUUCUUUUCAUCUCCCGCACUGAAUUUGUAAUUAGAUAACUUCUACGGCUAGCACGUAGCUCUUUUAGGGGCGGUUCCCUGGGUACGCCCUUUCUUCUCCGAAUUUUCUGUUUAUUCUGCCGUUAUGUGAAAGUCUUCAAGGGCUAUUUUCUCUUAAGAUAUCUUUUCAAGUAUGAUUUUAAUUCUGUUAGUAAGUUUAUUAUAAUUUUUAUAUUGUCAAUCUUGUUUUUGUCUCGCACGACCUUGACCGUAAGACUAAGAAAUUUAAGGUAGAAAGUCGUUUUGUGAAGGGGAAACAUCGCGAAGGUAUCUACUUAGUAUGCGAACUCCGCUCUGCGUAGUUUAGCGUGAUUCGCUAGUUAAGUGUAAAAGCAUGACGAAGGUUAGAGAUUGACAGCUCAGUAAGUGUCACCUGCAUAAGCGGUGACCCACACUUUCCUAGUGAGAUCAGAGCUAGUCCCUGUUGUAAUGCCUUGAGUAGUAAGAGUGAAUAAAGAAAGAGACCACCAAACAAC